GGCUAAAGAACUGCUCUCAUAUUUAUAACCGUCCAUAUAUAGCUAGAGAAGAAGCCAGCAAGCUAAGCUAAGUAUGAGCCCCACCAUGGAGAAUAAUCAUGAAUAUGAUGUUUCUCUUGAUGCUAUGAUGCUGGCAAGUGCCAUGGUUUACCCCGCAGUGUUAAAUGCUGCCAUUGAGCUCAACCUGUUUAAGAUCAUUGGAGAGGGAAGCCCUAAGGGCAUGUCACCCUCUGAAAUUGCUUCAAAGCUUCCAAAUCCACAUGCUGACACGGCUCGCCGACUCGACCGAUUGCUGUGUUUGCUGGCAAGUCAUUCUGUUUUGACUUGUUCCUCCAAGAAGCUUGACGAUGGUACCACUGAGAGGCUUUAUGCUCUUUCUCCUACCGGUAAAUACCUUGUCCCCGAUGAAGAUGGAGUCUCUUAUGCCUCAGUCUCACUAUUAAGCUACCAUCCAGCUUAUAUCAAAGUUCGGGAAAACAUCAAGCAAGUGAUACUGGACGAGGAAGAGGACCUGUUCAAGAAAGUUCACGGGAUGUCCAUGUUUGAGUACAUGAAAAGAGAUGCAACCUUCGAAGCUCUUUUCCACAAGGCAAUGGCCGAUCUUUCAUUCAUGCACAUGAAGCAGAUCCUUGAGAAAUACCAAGGAUUCGAAGGAAUAUCAACCCUUGUUGAUGUUGCUGGUGGCAUCGGCCAAAGCCUGAAAAUGAUCGUCUGCAAGUACCCUUCAAUUCAGGGCAUUAACUUUGAUUUGCCACAUGUUGUUCAGCAUGCCCCGUCCUACCCAGGAGUCAAACAUGUUGGAGGAAAUAUGUUCGAAGGUGUGCCGGAAGGUGAUGCCAUAAUGAUCAAGGCUACAACUCAUAACUGGGCAGAUGACAAGUGCAUACAAGUUCUGAAGAAUUGUCACAAGUCCCUCAAGGAAGGUGGGAAGCUUAUUAUUAUUGACCUAAUAAUGCCGGAAGCACCAAAUGCAACCGACGGGGAUAAAUAUGUUGCGAUUCUUGACAACGUCAUGUUUCUGCAAGCUGGUGGGAAGGAAAGAACCGAGAAAGAAUUGGAAGCACUGGGCAAAGCUGCUGGCUUUUCUAGCUAUCGCGUUGCCGCUCGUGUUUUCUCAUCUGCUUUGGGAGUCAUUGAGUUCUACAAACAAACCAUGUAAAAGCGAAGUUUUGGGUGUGAUAUUGAAGGGAGGAAUAUGAUUUUUGAAUAAAGGAUCGCGUGUUGUGUGUAAUACAGACAACAUAUGUGUGUGUGUGUGCAUGAAAAGUUUGUCUUUUCUUCAUAGUGUUGAAUUUUGUUCUGAUGUAAGUUACAAGAAACAGCUUACUGACUUAGAAGUAUUGUUAUAAAUUAAUAUAUUUAUAA